CCUCUUUAACUGGCAGGUAAUAUUUGUUAUCUUUCUUUUCCCAAGCUUUUCAGAAGGUAGAACCUGAGAUUUCACUGCAAAGCCACAAAAUCCUAGGAAAAAAUGGCAGAAACCAGUGGGCAGGAACAGUCAAGAUGGAUAACAACAGUCAUUAUGAGUACAUCUCUCCAGAAUCAUGAAAUUUCUACAGUUCUACAGAGGCAACAGCACCGUGUUCGAUACUCAGAUUCGGUGGAACCUGGAUCCGUGAUUUUUUCUCUUUCUGGUGUUGCAUUUAUGCUGUCAGACACUCAAGACCUGUGUAUGACAGGGGAAGAAGAGUUUUCUCAACGAAUUCAGAAGUUCAUGAGCAUUCACCGGAACAGUUUUCUGGUUUUGUCAGCUGCUCUUCAUGGCCCAGAAGAAUGGAAUGUUAUGUUGACGAUUCAGAAAAGAUUCCUGGGCAGUAAUUUACGUAUAAUACCAGUUCAUAACAGUGCUGAAACUGUUAAGUUAAUGCUAACUAUAGCUAAGAUAACUUCCAAGCCACAAGCAAAUGAUAUUCGUUACAAAAUGGCAACGACAAAAGCCCAAAUCAUAGAAAACAGUCCAGUUUGGAAGAUGCUUCAGGAGUACCAGCUGCAGUGGAAUUGAUUUAGCAUUUGAGGGUUUUAUUCAUAAACAGUGGCUACAUUUUACACAAAAUAUAGAAUGUUCUUAAAAAUAUAGUGACAUUUCAGAAGACUGUAUAUACAACUUAUGCAGUUGGAAUGAAAA